AUGUCCUCUCCCACGUCAAUUUUGAGAGAAAAGUUCCUUUACGUCUCUGUUGAGUUUUGCAUCUUCAAGUGCCUCCUCCUUCUUCUUUAUUUUAUGUUGUUCAUGUGCCUCAAGCGAACCAACCACUUCUUCGACAGUGAUUGUCGAAUGGUCCUUCGCCUUUUCUAUUGCGCAUAUUAUAUUUUCGAACUUGUCUGUCAAAGAUCUCAUAAUCUUUUCGAAAAUAUGGGUAUCAGUCAUUGCUUCUCCAUUUCGAUUGAGAUGGUUUGCCACCGUCUACACACGAGUGAUGUAGUCCAAUACGGACUUUGUCUCCUUCAUUUUUAUUCUCUCUAUUUCUCCUCGAAGAGUCUGCAAUCGAACUUGCUUGACUCUAUCUGCUCCUUUGAAAGCCUUUUCGAGCGUGUCCCACGCCUCCUUCGAUGUAGUCGAACCAGCAAUCUUUUUGAAAACUGA